AUGGCGGGGAGUGGCCAUUCGCAGCAGAGAGUGGCUGAUUAUGCUGGCAGCGGCAAGGCCACAUGUGCCCACCAUUCCUGGGUUCCGUUCAGAGUAACGCAGGGCCUGCAGUUUUUUUGGCUCCUCCUGUUUCUUUUGAAAUACCCUUCAGCCAUGGCAGCAGUUCAAGGUGAAAUGGAAAAGAUUUUGAAAAGGAGACACCAAAAAACUGGACUAAUGGAUUGGAUCAGCCAAGAGGUUUUGGACAGCACACCCAUUUUUGACAGCGUAUUGAAUGAAACACUGCGUUUGACAGCGGCUCCUUUUAUCAGCCGAGAAGUCCUUCAAGACAUGUCCUUGAAACUGGCAGAGGGCAGCGAGUACCACUUGAGAAAGGGAGACAGGCUUUGCCUCUUUCCAUUCGUAAGCCCUCAAAUGGACCCCGAAAUCUACGAGGAGCCAGAGAAAUUCAAGUAUGACCGGUUCCUCAAUGCUGAUGGCACAGAAAAAACGGACUUCUAUAAAGGAGGGGAAAAGCUCAAGUAUUACACCAUGCCGUGGGGAGCGGGACUAAAUGUCUGCAUUGGGAAGUUUCUCGCAGUCAAUAGCAUCAAGCAGUGUGUUUUCCUCCUCUUAAGCUCUUUUGAUUUGGAGCUAAAAGAUCCCAAGGCAAAGAUCCCUGGUUUUGACAAGGAAAGAUAUGGCUUUGGAAUUGUGCAGCCAGAAAAAGAUGUCAUAGUUCGAUAUAAAUUGAAAGACCAGUAA